AUGGACAUUAAACAGCUGGCACGUUCAUUAGGUAUAACGCAGCAGCCUGCUAUUGGCAGAGCGGCUGAACUUCUUCGGCUUUUAAAAUUAAAGGUUCCCGGUAGCCUUGGCCAGGGCGAGAUCUGCAGACCUGCAGUUUGCCUUGAGCUAGCAUGCCAAACUACCCCUGGGUGUAAGCUUCCUGUAAGGGAGGAGUUCAUUCGUUACAGUUGCUCCGCGCCAAAGGUAUAUAAUGAAAUGUUUACGCGGAUACAACGGCUUCUUGACGUCAGACCGGCGUUAGACCUCAGGGAGCUGGUCACGCUGUUCGGGUGCUCGCAGCUUCACGAUAGCACUCAGCAGCUGCUGCGCAUGUACAAGAACCGCGUCUUGGAGUCUCUCAGUGACGCAGAACGCGCCCGGGCAGAUCUCAGCCGGCCCGCUCUCCUUGCCGCUGCUUUCCUUCAUACUGCAAAGAAACACCGCGCUCGGGUCGACCGUGCUGCGCUGAUUAAUAAAAUGGGGCUUACGAGAGCGGAGCUGGCAACGGCACUGGGGGAUUUCAUUUCGCGCUGCGGGGACCAGAUGGCUUCAGCGGCGUCGCGGAAGCGGGACCGAAAUGACGAGUAA